AUGGCUGAAUUUUCGAUUGAGAAUGUGUGUUAGGCGAUCCAUGCAUUCAAUAAUGGUUAAGUUGAGAAGGCUGAUACAUUCUUGAGAAGUUUCUCAUAAUCUAGUGAGGCUUGGGGAAUAUGCAUUCAAAUUUUAUAGUCAAAUCCAGAUUCUUCAUUGGUAUUUUAGGUGUUAAGAAUUCUGCAAUCCAAAAUCCUAUAUGACUUCAGUAUUUAGAUUAAUUUUACAUUCUAGUAUCACUCAAUCCUUAGGAGAUACAAUAGAUUUAUUAAAACUGCAUAUAAAUCAUUAUCCAUUACAGUGUAUAAAAUUAAAAAUCUACUAGAAUAUAAUGUGUACUUAUGUUCAUCUAUUUAUAUUUGUACACAUAUAAUCAAUAAACUAAAUCUAUUUUGGAGUACAAUAUCAAUAUAAAAAUAGAGUGAUUUCCCAAUUAGUUGAUUGCUAAAAUAAUAGUGUACAUCAAAAUUUUUUAUUUGAUAUUUUGGAAACCUUUCCAGAAGAAAUAAUUGGUAAUAAAAAGAUAAUAAUUGAUGAUGAAAAAAGAAAAUAUAUAGCUUAAGAUAUAAAAAAUAAAUAAAUGUUAGACAUUAUACAAUUUCUAUAAUAGAGAUGGAAUAAUGCAAAUAAUUAAAAUAUAAGAUUUUAUGUGUUACGUGCAUAUAAAAAAUGGUUAGAAUUUAUGAAAAAGUAUAUAAAUGAAGAUGAAGUAUAAUAUUAAUAUGUAAAUUUUAAAGGCUAUAUAAUUUAUGCAAUUAACUACUCAAACUCCUUUAUUUAAAGGUGCUUUAGAUUCUAUAAUAAUUGAAGAAUUAUAGAGUAAGGCAGUUGAAGUAAUAUGUACAUUUUUUGGAAUAAUUCCAAGAAACAUAGCAGAUUAACCUUCAUUAGAACCAUAAAUAAUUAAAGUUAUAUUUGAUGAAGUUUAUAAAACAUUUGCAUUAUGUAAGAAGGCUCUUGAUGAAGAUUUGAGUGAUGAAAUUCAUAAUUUAAUAAGAUUAUAUUCUAAACUUGGAAAGAAAUUUAUAUGCAAAAUAUUAUUGAAUAAUUAAUUAGAAGCAUUCUUAACAACAAUGAUAUGGAUAUUUUGUCAUGAAAAUUCUUAUAAUGAAAGUGAAACGAUGACAGAUUUUUGGAUUAAAAUGAUUAAAACUAUUAGAAAUAUGAAUGAUAUAUAAUUAUAGAGUAAAUUUGCUUUAACUUUUGAAUAAUUAAUUAAUGGAUGUGUUAAGAAUAGUAAAGUAAAUAUUACAUUAUUAUCUGAAUAUGGUAUUACAUCUAAAAUUGAGGAUGAAUUUGAAUAAUUAUUAGAUACAAGAUCUGAUAUGAAAGAGAUUAUUGAAGAAUUAGCUACAAUAAUUUAACCUAAUUAAAUUCUAUAACAUUUAGGUUUAAUAUUAAAAUAAGAAUUUAUAACAAAGAUGGAUGAUUCAGGUUGGAUAACUUUUGAAGCAUGUAUGUAUUUAAUAAGUGGUAUUGUAAAAUAAAUUACACUUAAAAAUGAUUAAAUUGGAGUUUAAUAUUUGAUGGAGAUUAUUAAAUUAUAUUUAGAUGUAUAUUAAUAAUAAAAUUUAGCAAGUAAUAAUUUCAUUUUGAAAACUGGUAUAAUAUUUAAUUAUUUUAUUUUUAGUAUUUAAGACAAUCUCAUAGGGUUGUGCUUAAUUAAUAUCAUCAAAUGAAUUAUUACCAUUAUUAUUUAAUUUUAUUACAAUUGGAAUACAUCAUAAAGUACCAUCAGUAUAAAAAAAAGCAACUAAGGCUUUUUAAUUAAUAUGUAAAUAGAAUUAAAAUUUUGUAUUAAUGCAUUUAAAUUAAUUUUUUGAUUUAAUUGUAAAAUUAUAAUAAGUGUAAGAUUAAUUCAUAUAAUUUUAGUUAAAAUUAUGAUAAUUUAAUUAAAGGAGUAGCAAAUGCUAUUUGUUCUAGUAAGGAAACUAUGCAAAAUUAUUAUUUAAAAUUAUGUUCUAUUUUUGCUUAAAAUCUCCUUUAAUUAUAAAAAUAAUUAGAAGAAUAAAUAUUAUCUAAUUUAAAAACUGAUACAUUAGAAGAAAAUAUUGAAUAAUUUAGUAAAAAUAUCUCUUGUUUGGCAUAUGCAAACAGUUAGAUACCUGCUAAUGAAAAUGAGGAUUUCUUAGAAAUUAGAAUCUUGAUAGUUAAUGUUUAUAAGGAAUUAUGGCCAAUGUUAAAAUUUGGAAUGGAAAGAAUAGUAAUGUAUGAAUCAACCAUAGCUGAAAAAAUAGUUAGAUAUACAAAACAUACUUUUAGAAAGGCAUUCAAUUAAUUUUCAGUUGAAUUACUAACUUAAGUAUUUUAAUGUUUUUUAAAUGUAUAUCGAUAAAUGCCAAUUACAGCAUGUAUAUACAUAGCUGAGGUAUCAGCAACAGUAUUUUAUAAAUAUCCUGAAUAUAGAAAUAUUCUAUCAGAAGCAUUUGAAAGUCUUUGCAAUAUCACUUUUUAACAUUUACCAUAAUUAUCAAGUUUUGAAGAAAAUCCUGAUUUAACAGAAGAUCUCUUUGGAAUAUUAGUUCGAUAUGGAAGAUAUACUCCAGUCUUACUAUUAUAGAGUCCUGCUUUAUAAACAAUCCUACAACUAACUUUAAUGGCAAUAGGAUUGAAACAUGUGAGUGCAGCAAAAACUUUCUAUUCUUGGUUGGAAGUAGCAUUCAAAAUGUUAAAACCUUAGGAUGAUGUUUUUAAAACUCAAAUACCCUAAGAAUACAAAGAUAGUAAUAUUAAUUAACUAUAAUUUAUAGAAUUCUAGCAAAUAUUUAUGCCAUUUGUACCUUAAUAUACUUCAAAAUUAUUUGAGGCUUUAAGAAAGGGGACAGCAGAUGUAGAGGUGGAAGAAUACAUUUAGGAUUGUAUUCUGGCAUUGUCAUAAUUAUAGUUUACUGAUUAUGGAAAGCUUUUGGAAAUAGUGUUUGAGGAAGGUCCAUAAAAUAUUUUGACUGCAUCAGAGAGAAAGAAUUGGUUAGAGUAGAAUAAGGAUAGGUAAAUUUAGAAACAUUAUUUAAAAUUGUAUUCUAGAAGAUGUGUUCAAAAUUCUUUAAGGGGACGAUGAC